CGCACAGAGGUAACCCGCCCCUGCCGGACGCCCCGGUGCAGGCUGGCUAGGCCCAGCCGGAGCCCGAGCUGCCUCUUCCCUGCGGACCAGUCCGGCAUAUGAGGAAGCAGAUCCAGGGAGGUUAAGUCAUCUGCUCUAAGUCACAGAGGUAAGCAUCAGAGAUAGUAUAUGACUCCAAAGUCACUGGCCUUUCCCCUCAUCCAAGGUGAUGUGUGCUAUGACUAGUCUCAGAUUGCCUAUCCGUGCUUUAAGAAAACCAAAUGCCUGGAUUGGACUCUGGGGGACACCUCUCACUCAUAAACCCUGUACCUCUUGGAGUCAGUACAUAAAUUCUUCUAGUUAUCGGUUAAACACAUCAAAUUAUAGAACACUGUUCUUCCACGGCAUUUCCUCUGUGAAACUCCCAGGGCUUUUAAUAUCUCCAGAGUGCAUUUCACUCUUUUCCAUAAGACUCAAAAGCAACACAGGAUCUAAAAAGACCAGUAAAAAGACUUUGCAGAAAACCGACGAUGAUGACGAUGAUGAUACUGAUGAAGACUGGGGAGAGAGGAGUGAACAGGAAGAUGAACUUGAUGAUGACCCCAACGUAGUAAAAGACUAUAAGGAUCUGGAGAAAGUUGUUCCCUCUUUUCGGUAUGAUGUCAUCUUAAAAACAGGUCUGGAUCUUGCAAGAAAUAAAAUAGAAGAUGCAUUCUACAAAGGUGACCUCAGACUGAAUGGAGAGAAAUUAUGGAAAAAAAGCAGAACGGUGAAAGUGGGUGAUACACUGGAUCUUAUCAUUGGAGAGGAUAAAGAUUCAGAAACAGAGACAGCAAUGCGAAUUGUCCUGAGAAAAGUGUCAGAAGAGAAAACUCAGUCUGAAAAGUACCGAGUGCUUUUACGCCGGUGGAAAAAAAUCAUAUUGCCCAAGAAGAGUGUUUCUAAGUAGCCAGAUUGAAUCCAAGAACUCAAGUGGUCUUCAUCUAGUGGGAAAAUGGGACAAAGGGGGUCUUUCUGAAAAAAGGACGUUUUUAUAAAAAAUAAAGUCUCAUUAGUUCUGAAAUCUGCUAGACCAUUUUGUGAAAAUGGGGAUAAGCAUAUGUCCAUACAUUCCUAGUGCUAGGCUUCAGCAAGUUUCUCUUGUUGACUUGGUUUGCACUUGGUUUGACUUUUUUCCUGGGCGUGGGAAUGAAUAAUUUGGUUUCCAGGUCAUUUCACCCAGCAUAAGAUGUGCUAUGAAUGAAUUAAGUCCAGAGAGCUUUUUCUAAUGAUUUGCCUGUUUUCCUAACUUAACUACCUCAUGACUGUGUUGUAAAAUAAAACUGGCCUUAUUGUUUCUUAA